AUCAGCUGUUAAAUGUUAAUAGCUAGAAAUGACAUUAUUUAUAUAAAUUAUUAGGUCUUAGGAAUCGUUAUUUAAUCACGUAUAACGUUGUGAUUGCUAAACUCUAUGUAUUUUAAAUCCAGCUAAAUAGCAAUAGCAAUAUAGCAUGUUUCAGUAUUCUUUCAUUCUUUUUAUUUUAUAGUAUGAUGUCAAAUCCAAAUAAAGUACAAAACACUAAAGUUGAAAUUGAAUUUUGUAAAGUUUGUGAUUAUGGGGGACAUUGCUUAGCUUUGGCUAAACAAAUUAAAAAAAGUAGUCCAGAAGCAGAAGUAGAUUGCAAAAAAGGUCGACAAGGUUCAUUUGAAGUGCUAGUUAAUAACAAGCUAGUUUAUUCAAAAUUGCAAACCAUGGCAUUACCAGAUUAUGAAGAGGUAGCUGAAGUUGUACAGGAGGUGUGUGGAGGUGCAGAGCCAAGAAAAAUAAAAGGACAACAAGAAGUAAACUGUGUAAUAUCAUAACAUUUAAUAUAUAACAGCACCAAAUUUCAUAAAGAACAAUAAGGGCAAGUUUAUAAGACAUUAACAACAAUAGAUAAAAAAUACAGAUUAUAAACUAUA